CACUUGAGCUCCGCGCUUAACGCGCGCGGAGGAGCCACGCAGUAGGGGGGAAAGCGGAGGGAGGGAGAGGGGGGAGCCCCGCGGAGGUGGCGGAGAAAGAAAAGCCGUAACACUGUGCUUCCUCCCCCCCCCGUCUCUGAAGAGGAGGAGUGGGAGGGGAGCUCCAAAGCCACUUUGGGCGAUGCGCCGCUCCGCGCGGGAGCCUGUGCGGAGCAUCCUCCCGGCAGCUUGAAAGCCAGGUGCGCUCCCCGCUCGCCCGUGGAUGGUUUCCCCCCCUUUCCCGACACGCGUGUUCCUGCCUCCGUCGCGCUUCGGCGCAGCUUCUCCUCGUCGGAACCGGCGGGCAGGUCCCCAAAGCAAAGGAAAAAUUCUGAAAUGCAGAAAGGCUUAUUUGCUGCCGCAAAUGGGAAUCUGGAAUAACUAUGAAAAACACACUGAAAUAAUUGUUUGGAACAAAAUUCUUGCAAAGUCCCCAAGGAUGAGAUUCUGUGCCAAAUCAAUGCUUCUAUCUGACUGGCUCUUUCUGGUCUAUGUGUUAAUGGUCUGCUGUAAAUUGUUGUCUGCCUCUAGCCACCAUCCCCGGGGGCACACAGGCCAGCACCAAGUCAAGCAAGGGACAUGCGAAGUUGUGGCAGUGCAUCGUUGCUGCAAUAAGAACCGGAUUGAAGAACGAUCGCAAACAGUCAAGUGUUCCUGCUUCCCAGGGCAGGUGGCUGGUACGACAAGGGCUCAGCCCUCAUGUGUGGAAGCUUCCAUUGUCCUACAGAAGUGGUGGUGUCAUAUGAACCCCUGUUUGGAUGGAGAGGACUGUAAAGUAUUACCAGACUAUUCAGGUUGGUCUUGCAGCAGUGGAAAUAAAGUCAAAACCACAAAGGUAACACGGUAGCAAUGAAUAAACCUGUGGGUCACUAACAGAACAAUGGCAUGUGCAACUGUUGCUUGGCUGUUACACAGAGACCCUUUUUUGUGAUGAUGCUAUUGACUUAAUGCGUUGAACUUGCAAAACUUGUCAGCAAAAAGGACAAUACUUCACCUUUCAACUGUGGCUGCAGUUCCUGAACCUGGAUUUUGCUAUACAGAAUGGUACAUUUUAAUUUCACAAGAAAAAGCAAGGAGAUUUGGUUAUACCUGAAAUGCACCUUGGAUUCCCAAGGAUCUAGCGCCUGGCAGAAGUUAGUGGAAGCACACACCUGUACUUCUGCAGUACAUCAAGGAUAAGACUUUCUUAAUGACACUAAGAUAUGUAAAAUUGUUUCAAAUGAAUUUAGAUCAUGACUGUAACCUACGGCGUCAUGGAAAGAAAAUGCUUAUGUUAGAACUGAUACAGAUGAUCUUCAAGAUCCUUUCCAACCUAAAUGAUUCUAUGACUCUAUGGAUUUGUCUGAGGUACCUCUCAUAUACAGUACAACAUAAAAAUACAAAUCUGAUCCCAAUGAUAAGUGAGUUGAAAGCACAGUGUUAGUAAGUUAUGUCUUAGUGUAUUUUCAGCUGUGAUUUAGUAACUAUCAAGGUUGUAUGAAGGUGAAAAGAUGGAACUUAUAAAUCAGUAGCAAUUAUUGUAGGACAUACUUUGGUUAUAUCUGUGCAAUUAGAUUUAUUUCCUUAGAUAGUUCUAGGUAUUUUAACAUGUACAUUCAUAAGUGAUGGCAGGAAAGCAUGAGGAAGAGACAAAAUGUGAAAGUAGACAUAGUUUUUCUCCUCCUAAAAUAAAUCCAUUCUCCAGGGGAAUAGCAAAGCAUACAUAUUCUUUGCCUCUUUGAAUCUAGAUAUGGAAAAGAAUUCAGCCAUUAGCUAGAAAUAUUCAUUCAGAUACCUCAAAAAAAAAAGAAGAGAGCAUGCUUGUACUGCAUAAGGAAGGCUUACUGGAAGGAGAGUAAUUUGUUUGGAUUUUCAUAGCUUUGGUUAUAUCCUAAUAGGUAAUAUACUUAAAAUUCAUACAAAAUUCUAGAUAAAAGUGAAUCUUUGGUUUCAAUUAGUUCUUGUUUAGAAUUAUUAUAAUAACUAAAUGUCCAGUUCCUCGACAGACUGAAUUUCCAAGUGGUUACAUUUUGUGACACAUAAUUGUUCCAUACUAUUGUAGAUGCAUUUCAUACUAUUUUUCUUAUUUGCCUGUUACAUUUUCUUUGUCAUUAGUCUUCAUAAAUAGAACAGUAAGUAGAGAUAAAGCUGUAGCCAGUCUGUUCCCCAUUACAUAAUUUUGUGGCUUCAGAUGCAUUGAAACAGACUAAAAUGCAACGAUGCAGAUGGCUAUCAUGCAGAUGAACUGCUGCUGACCCAGCUACCGAAUUCAUGAUUAUGCUUUAUGUAAAUAUUAGGGUAACAAUGUACAACUCAUUUUUAUAUAGACAGAAAAACAAAAAAAAACCCACCAAACAACAACAACAAAAAAAAGUGUGUUGUACUAAUUUAGGUCAUAGUGCAUAAGCUUUCUAGUUUAUGGGAAAGAUGCCAUCAGCAGUGUGAAGCUGUUCAGAAUAAUAAUUGUUAGCUUUUGAUUUGCUGGAGUGAGUGGGAGUAUUCAGCCAGGUAAUUCCACUGAAGUCAGUGGUGGGAAGAUCUGGCCCUGUGUUUUUUAGUUUUGAUUUCUCUGGUUAGUUCACUUCCAAUUAUGUAUUUGAUUACAGCUGGGAUCAUAGUGGUCAUUGUACUUGGUGAUAAGUAAAUAAGAGAUUUUUCUGCUCUGUGCUUGGACAGCUGAACAGUUAAUAGACUCUGCUUGCCCUAAUGAGCUCUACAUUCCUAAUAUUUUUCCAUUGUUUUGAUUUUUCUGAUUAAAUUUAAAAAUUACCUUUA